CAAACCUCCUGUUUCCUCGGGGCUAAGCUUCUCUCUCCAUUCCAUUGGACCAAUCCCAUUCCUUUUCAACCUUCAGUCCCCCCUUAUUCCUUUCCUUCACCCAUCAAAACUCCUCCCCUAUCUAUAUACUAUAUAUAUUCCCCCGCCCUUUUCGGACUCCUCCUCUUCCCCCUAUAUAUCCUCCUCCUCCUCCCCAUCAUCAUCAUCAAACCAAACCAGAAAAAACACACAACAAUGGCGACCUCCAAAUCUUCCCCCAUGGCCUUCCUCCUCUUCCUCCUCUUCGCUUCCGCAUCCGCCCUCGACAUGUCCAUAGUCAACUACGACAAAACCCACGUCUUCGACCGUCCCAACGCGCGGACGGAGGCCGAGGUCGAGGCGGUGUACGAGAGGUGGCUGGCCAGGCACGGGAAGGCGUACAACGGGGUGGGCGAGAAGGAGAGGCGGUUCGAGAUAUUCAAGGACAACAUGAGGUUCGUCGAGGCGGAGAAUGCCGCGGCCCGGAGUUAUAAGGUGGGGCUGAACCGGUUUGCGGACCUGACCAACGAGGAGUUCCGAUCGAGGUUUUUGGGCGGGAAGGCGGAGAUGAAGGGGAGGGCCGGGAUGGCGGAGAGCUAUAGGUACAAGUUUAGGGUUGGGGAUGAGGUGGCGGAGGCGGUGGAUUGGAGGGGGGAAGGGGCUGUUGCUUCCGUCAAGGAUCAAGGACAAUGCGGGAGUUGCUGGGCGUUUUCAACAAUUGGUGCUGUGGAAGGGAUAAACCAGAUUGUCACAGGACAGUUAGUGUCUUUAUCAGAGCAGGAGUUGGUGGAUUGUGACAAAGCUUACAAUCAGGGUUGCAAUGGAGGUCUCAUGGACUAUGGCUUUCAGUUCAUCAUUGACAAUGGUGGCAUUGAUACUGAGGAAGAUUAUCCUUACCGAGCUGUUGAUGGCACAUGCGACCAGAACCGGAAAAAUGCACGAGUUGUUACCAUUGAUGGAUAUGAAGAUGUUCCAGAAAAUGAUGAGAAGUCGUUGCAGAAGGCUGUGGCCCAUCAACCAGUUAGUGUUGCCAUUGAAGCUGGGGGCAGGGCUUUCCAACUUUAUGAAUCGGGUGUAUUCACUGGACAAUGUGGAACCAACCUCGACCACGGUGUUGUUGCCGUUGGAUACGGUACAGAAAACGGCGUAGAUUACUGGGUAGUGAGGAACUCAUGGGGACCAACAUGGGGAGAGAGCGGGUACAUCAGGUUAGAGCGCAAUGUCAACACCUCUAGUGGCAAGUGUGGGAUUGCACAAAUGGCUUCGUACCCUAUCAAGUCUGGUUCAAACCCACCUAACCCCGGUCCAUCCCCUCCAACCCCUGUAAAACCCCAAGCAGUUUGUGAUGAAUACUACAGUUGCCCCGAGGGAACCACAUGCUGUUGUGUCUUCCAGUAUGGUGACUACUGCUUUGGCUGGGGAUGCUGCCCCCUUCCCUCUGCUACCUGCUGCGAUGACCACUCUAGCUGCUGCCCACCCGAUUAUCCUGUAUGCGACCUAAAUGCUGGAACCUGCCUAAUGAGCAAGGACAAUCCAGUGGGAGUGAAAGCGUUGAGGCGGGGUCCUGCCAUACGAACCCGGGGUAACAGACAAGUUGACAGUUAUUGAGUAUCCGCAGUUCACCCUGGGGUUUGCAGAGAGGGAGAAAAAAGCAAGGGUUUUCUUUGAAGAAGUGGUUCUUGUUGUGGGGAAAAAUGCUUUGUUUUGUCAAGACAUCGGUUGAUUGCAGUGCACACCCCUCUCCCCAUCCUAUUUCUUUAACUUUUUUCCCCAAGUUAGAGCCUUCUGUAGAUAACUUCAUUUUUCCUAAGUUACUUUUUUGAAUUUUCUCAAACAGAAGAACAGGAAGAGGAAAAAUGUGGUUUGUGUACAAACGAUUAUAUCUGUGAAUUAUGAGAAAGGAAGAACCAUUUGUUAUUGCAGAGUA